AUGUUGCGCUCAGCACGUCGUUGCUCCUGUUGGGCUGUUCACUUCCAGAAAUCCCACCGACCGCACAUAACGGCGCCGGCGCUUCAAUCGUUGUUCUCGACCUCCACCCCCGCGCCGCCUCCGCUCCGAGUUGAGCUCACUGAGUAUGCCGGCCGAGGCGUCUUCGCCUCUCGGAGAAUCGGCGCCGGAGAACUCAUCCACACCGCAAAACCUGUUGUUUCUCAUCCUUCUCUUCCAUCGAUUCACUGCGUCUGCUAUUCAUGCCUUAGGAGACUUCCGGACCGCGAUGCCAGCUCGGGAGCUCCACAAAGUGUGUUGUUUUGCAGCAAACAAUGCGAAGAUCAAUCACUGAAAUUUUAUGAUGUUGAGUACAAGGCAGAUUGGUCGAGAUUUGAUGGAUAUUGUCGACUGCAGGGCCUAAAGUAUCCUCUUCUAGCCAAACGGUUUGCUUGUCAAGUUAUUUCCGGUUCUGUUACCGCUGACAUGCUUGACAUACUCCAACCAGAGAAUUUAUCCUUUGAAAAAAUUGCUGAGAUGAAAAAGGAGUUUUGCCUGUUUAGAAGUACCAUCGAGGACUCGGGUAUUGAAAGUGAGCUGAUAGAAUUUUUGACUGAAGAAUGGUAUACUGGCAUUUUGGCACGGAUUCGUAUCAAUGCUUUUCGAAUCGAAUUGCCCAUUGGAUCAUAUGAAGAUCUUCUUUCCUGCGCAGCAGCAGCAGUAGCAGCAGAAGCUGCUGUUGGAAAUGCCAUUUAUAUGCUUCCAUCCUUGUACAAUCACGAUUGUGAUCCUAACAUAAAUAUAUUAUGGACCGAGAAUGUGGAUGCUAAAAUAACAGCUCUCCGAGACAUUGAAGAAGGGGAAGAAUUGCGGAUAUGCUACAUCGAUGCUAGCAUGGAUUAUGAUGCACGGCAGGCAAUACUGUAUCAAGGAUUUGGUUUCAGAUGCAAUUGCUUUAGAUGUGCUUCGAAAGACUAA